ACCGGCACCAUUGGCAAUACAGACCCGGUCUGGAUUGCCAAUCUGAUCAACAGAGCGUUCCACACCAUGGUACACUCACUUGUCGGUGAGAAUGCUGUGCCGCUAGGUGCCGACUAAUCGGCCUCGUGCGAGGGAAGCUGGAGAGCAGCGGAUGGAAUAGGCAGGAUUCGCCCAAUAGUAGUCAUUUCCUUCGGCAGAUGCAAAUAUUCGAUCAUGAGCAGAUAGUCUGAUGCAAAAACUGUUUCCAGACCAGGUGUCGAGAAGAGGCAAACCGUUAAGAGAAAAAAAAUUGGAGAGAAUGUCGAACUCGCCAUGAAUGCACGAUCUGACAGUUGUCCAGCAUACGGUCUUCGGCGUUCCAGAAUCUGAAGCCCAUUUCUCGCGGGGAGCCUAAUUCGGACACGAGCCAAUUCCUUGCAAGACAGCUCGAAACGGCGCAAGAUCUCCGGUCUUGGAGUCUUGUGAUCCUCUUCUCGUCUACAGUUCUCUGACCAAUAUGACACUUGGAUUUUCACAUGAAAGGCCGAGAUAUGAGGAGUCUGCUGGUCAAUAUAUAAGAGGUAUAGCUUAGAUCACUGGCAACUUCGCCUCCUCAGUUUGAAUCAUCAGAAGAGAAGAAGAAGAAGCAGCAGCAGAGCAGGAGAAACAGAUUCUUCAGAAUAGCAGUGAUGGCCUCGAGACCGACAGCAGUUUUGUUCCUUCUGCUUGCCACUGCAGGAAUAGCAAGCGCUGCUCUAUCAUGGGAGAGACAGUUUUUGGAUCCUCACAACAAAGCUCGUAAGGCUGUCAAAGUCCCCAACUUGUCAUGGGACCGGAAUCUGGCCAAGUAUGCCCAGAACUGGGCCAACAAGUAAGCUCGUAACAACUGUCAGCUGAAGACCUCCAAUGGCCCAUACGGUGAGAACAUGUACUGGUCUAGCCGGAUUAGCACUCCCUUGGCUGCAGUUCAUGCCUUUGUCAAAGAGAAGCAGAACUACAACCACGCAUCGAACACCUGCAAAGCAAAUACAAGGAAUUCGUGUCGGAUUUACACUCAGGUUGUCUGGAAGAAAACGACGAAGCUCGGUUGUGCAUCGUCCAGGUGUCCCACAGGAGGAACUAUCACCGUGUGCAGCUACAAUCCUCCAGGUAAUUUCGUUGGCCAGAGGCCAUACUAGACCACGUUGACCACAUUAGCAACACUCUCGCCCAGCUAGCCCACGUACUCGAGAAGGGAACCAUGAAAGAGCCUCCUCGUCAAGGGCCAAGUCCGUUCCAUCAUGUUCGUUUUGGGCUGAUUUGUGGUGUUUCGGACAAUGUGUUGUCAAUUUUACGUACCUUCAAAUUAAUUGACAGAACUAGUGAACGUAGAACUAGUGAAUAAACAUCACUCACUUUCUAGAAAAGUGCAGGCACUUAGCCCAGGUGUUAAAAUUCUACAUAAUCGCCAGCUUUACCCAGCCAGGCAACCGUCCUCCUUAUCGUGUUCCGCUGCGAAGUCGGAAGUUCUUUCCCUUGUGUCUCUCUGCUGGGCUGAUUGGUGGUAUUAGCAACUCCAUUGUUUAAAGUGGACAUUUGUUCUUGGUGUAAUAAAACCGACUUGC